GUAGAACAAUCAUCGGUUGAUUUUUUGGAUCGAUUCCGGAGAUUAGUAAAAGUAUCGAAAGAUGCCAUGAAAAUAUACUUUGACCGAACUAUCAAACCAGAGGAUUUAAAAAAAUGUCUUCAUAACAACGAAGAGAUGUUCAGAAAGUUAAGAGUAUUGCCAGAGAUAGAAAGGAAGAAAAUGUAUCCAAAAAACAAAGAUCCAACAUCAGAAGAUUUUGACAUAACUCUCAUGUAUAAAAUUUUGAGGAAUACAAGAUUAGUCAGUCAACCUAACAGUGGUUGGGGAAAUACUCCACAAUUCGAAGAUCAGUCAUAUUCAGAUCAUGUGGAAAGAGUGCGCCUUCAAAGGAACUGGACGCAACACCUAACUGAUGAAAGAAUGGGCAACAGAGAGUUUAUUUUGCGGGGUACUGACCUUUCCCUGGCAAUAUUGAAAUUGAGCGAUGAUCAAUUAAUGGAAGAAGUUAUGAAAGAUGGAUACCUUUGGCGAACUAUAAAGACAACAAUAGCAAUUGAAGUCAAGAAUGAAGAAGAGAAAUCUGCUAUGGAUGCCAUGUGCAAAAGAAUGGUUAACACACUGGAAGACUGUAUAGAUGUUUUUUCGGAAAACUCAACACCCGGAGAAGUGCUGGAAAUGCUUACAUUUGUCGAAAAUAGUUUGGAAAUCAUAAACACAGAACAUUUACCUCUUAUAUCAAACAAGGUUGAAAAGAAAUUGGAAGAAUGGAAACGGAAAAAUCCACCAAACCUAUUGAUGCAUAAGUCUUGCGUUAAACUUUACAGAAAGUGUUACAUGCAAUAUGCAUGCGCCAUAACGAAAGCAUCCGCGGGAUCCAUUAUCCUUUUAAUGCGUUUCUCAAAUCUGGCGGGAUUUAUGAGAUUUUUAGAAGACAGUGGCAAUGGAAAAUUUGCUUCAUCUGUUAUGUGUUUAUUUGGUUCAGAUACAACCUUUCAGAAAUACCAGAAGAAAUCUACUGACAUUAGCUGUCAUACUGAAUUGUAUGUAAAUGAAAAAGAAAACGCCAAAAUUCUCCUUAAGGAAACGACUGCUAGACAGACAAAAGGAAUAAGAGUAAGCGAAAGGAGUGCAACGAUAAAAUCGAUCCCUGACCAGCAGUGUAUCAGAAAACCAUCAGAAGCAACGGUAACCUUUUCUGGCAACAAAGUUUCUAAAAACAUGUUUAUAUUCAUUACACUGUACAUGUACAAGAAUUGAUCCAAAGUUGUGGAUACACAUAUUGAAUUCCUUCAAUGAUACCGUAUAAUAUUUUUUUAAAAAAUCAUUACAGUAACACUUUAACAGUUACCAUAUAUAUGGACGUUUGAAAAUGCAGGGAAAAGAUUCAUUUCUCUAAUUAAAAUAAUUUAAUUCACCAUACUGUUUGUGAUAAGGGCGCGUUAAAUGUCAAAUAAUAGGAAAAUGAUGUCAUAAUACAUACAUUAAAUAGCUUCGAGGGCAGCAUACCAGAAUAUUUGCUUUAUUUGUCCUGUUUCAUGGUAGAAUGUCUUCAGUUUGCAAACCUUUUAUCAUGUUUGUUGAAUUUAAAGAACUUUUCUCCUCAAUUAAAUUAUCUAAUUCCUCUGAAUUCAAAUAAACAAUUCGCAGACGUUGUCACGACUUUUUAACUUUCACAGAACUGUUUACGUUUGCUUAGCAACUGCCUUUAUGAAUUUCGAACCCGAUGUAUUUAAUAUGCAGAAUGAUUGCACGGGAGGGAAUAUAACUGUGUUCGGGAGGGCAAUAUAACUGUUUCCGGUGAAAAAUAACUAUAUCCGGCGUGAUUCGGCAGUUUUUUUUUCAGGGAAUAUAGAUAAAAAUGUUAUAUUUGUGAUAUAAUUGGAAAAAUUAUUCAAAAAUAUUAUAUUAAAUAACCUUUGCUUUAACUCUAACUAGAUAUUUUGUUUGAUAUCGAUUAUUUGCUAGUCAAGUAGAUAGCUAGUUAUAUAGCUUAAAAUUUGGUCAGUUGAUAAGCUUUGUAGAAAUCUUGGAAGCACUUGGACUAAGACCGAUACAGCUGUAUCAAUAAUGAUAGAAGCAGAAGAACGGUACUCCAAUGAACCGGUUUUCGCGUGAUGUAAGAUAUUUAAGGAUAAUAAAACUUUUCGUGAUGAUGAAAGGUCUAGCCGUCUGUUGGAGGGUCCACCUCCCUCGUUAGCAAAUUGAGACGAGUUAUAGAAGUGGACGGACAAUGCCCUAUGCUUGAUCAUGCUACUGAAAUCGAACAUCAAACGAACAACAGAACAUAUUUUGAUUAAAGAUCAUAAUAUGAAGAAGUAUCUGUGCUUCCUCAAAAGCAGAAAUGUAUAGAAUUAAGUGUUCCGUAUAAUUUAAGAGCCGAUUUGAACGUGAGGGUAAUAUGCUCCUUGUACGUGUUGUGACAUAUCUAAUUUGACAUAACGUCUUCCUGGGAUUAACAGUGUCCAUUUUAAGAAAA